GGCAUGCUGCGCACAUGCAAGAGCUCGGCCUGCGUCACGCCAGCACGGCCGAGAGCUCGUGUUGCAGCCUUGAGCCUCCCUGUCCAGUUACACAACUUCAAUGUCAUCCCGAUUUCCAUCCGAAAGGUGCUAACUGCCGUUAUAGACCAACUCGUUGGAACACUCUUUUCUUCCCCGGCGCAGAUGUCGAGGUGAAUCUUGUACAGUAUCCCGUUCGGAACUCCACCUAUGACAUCGCCGCGAGCUUGAUCUCGAUACGACGACUUGCCGAACAUCCCGUUUCGGUAGCUGCGCUCAAUCUGAGCUUAGUUGAUGCCGUCACAGCUUGACAAAACCCAACCGCCAAGAUGAACCGGUUCAGGACGAAGAAGCGGGCAAAGGACGACCUUGCCGCCGGCCGGUCUAGCGAAGAUUCGGAGCAAUCUUCGCUCUCCUUUUUUCGCAAGGGAAAGAAGGCGCAACAGGAAGAAGUGAAGCAGGAAAUUGACCUGUCCAAGGCUCUACCUACCAAUGACGACUUCCGCACGAGCUUGUUGAUGAACAACUUGUCUGCACGGUUCUCCAUGUUGAGGGAGCAGGAUGACCCCAGUACCAAAAUCGGCAAGGCUAGCGACGACAGUGUUCUUUACACCAAACGCCAGUCAAGAUUGGCCGACUUCGGAUUUGGCGCUGGUGGAUUAUCCGACAUUGCUGAGGUCGAGUCCGUCAGGGGCCCCAAUCUCCUUCGCACAACUUCCGUGGCCUCCGACGAUCCGGACUCGGCGAAUGGCGGGAGCGUUCUAGCUCGUUCCCGGCCCACAGAGGGCAACGUGCUCUUUGGUGGGAGGCAGAAGAUUUACAAGAUUCCAGCGGCCUCUGGAGGCGGAAUGAGCGGUCGAGCAGUCUACGAGGAGGAUGUCGCCAUGUCGGCGUUCCAGAAAUGGCGGCAGACAGAAAGGGACCGGACACUGGAUGGCCUGAAUGGUACCCGAUCAGAUGAGGCGGAGGAAGAGCCGCACACUCGGUCCGAGUCCCCGCCCCUGAUGAGUUACCGCCGCAAGCGUGAGACGGCAUCGACCACAUCCUCCAAUUCCAUCAUGGCUCGGAACUCCACGGCAGCCACAUCCGUCACUUCGCAAGCGGCCGGUGCUAUUAAGGACUGGCAGCCCGCGCCGAGCGUGUCGUCAUCAGCCGUUGCAUCACCCAUUCCCGAGCGCAACGUUACUCGAACUCGGAGACUCUACGAACAGGGCUUUAAUCAGGAGUCCAACGAGCAUCAGGGCUCAGUAUUAUCACGGAUCGAGGCUCUGACACGCCCGCGCCCAUUUGGCACGAAGGCGACAGACACUCCACCUCAAACCGACGGUACUCGGACCAUUCUGACAAAGACGAGUGCGCCGAGUUUGAGGUCCUUGAGCCCGGCAUCCACCUCCCGACCGAUUGGCGCGUUGGAUCUCGGUAACAGGGUGAAAGCCGACUCCAAACCGAGCAAUCUCGGCGGCUUACCGCCUCUGAGCCCACCCGUCAGCGAGACGGGUGAGCAGCCCAUCCUUUCGAAAGAUGUGGGAAACGCGACGGCGACGGGCAUAUUUCAGAAAUCGUCGCAACCGUAUGAUGAGUCCCAGUACGUCCAGCGACAGCUCCAGCUUCAGCAGGGCCGAGAAACGCCUACCCAGCGGCAUAGAGCGGAGUCGAACGGCAGGAACACUCCCGUUUCCGGAGACCACGAAACGAAACCCGCGGCUAUCGGGGCUCGACCGCCCCCGCCGAAUGCAGCUCUCCCUCCAACUCCUAUUGCCGAGGCCGAGCCUUCGCAGGCAACUGCAGUCAACCCAGCAGGGCUCACCGUACCAGGGGAGUCUCACAUCGAGCGUCCUUCUGAUGAAGACCACCCAGCAUUUAGGCAAUCUGCGUUGCCUACCCCUCUCGCUGUUGGUGCCAAACCUAGCAGAGAACCCUCGCCCAUUUUGAAGAAGGCCGUCCCGGUCACAAACUCCCAGAAGCCAUCCCCAACAGACUCUCCAACGUUAGGCCCGGCGUCGGGUCUUAGUGGCCUGGUUCGUCAGCAUCUUCGCACAGAAAGCGUGGAAUCGACGCUGGGCGAUACUGGAUUCGAUGCCUCCGCCGCCGGAUCCCGUUAUAAUCUCGAUGCGAAGUCCCCUUCACUCCUGAGCGAACCCGGCCCUGCAUUGAGCCCGUGGCCUUCUUCAGAUCAGGAUUGGCUUGGCUCGCACUCUGGAAACGGCGCGGAAACGACCCCGGGAGGGUCAGAGGGCGAGAGUCAGUCUAACCGUGAGAACUCAGACUCAAGGACGGUCGACCGAGCCAGCACAGCCACAGAGGAUGAGACAGACGGCUUUGCUAACCAACUGGCCAACGCUCGUCGCCGUGUCCGAGAGAAGCUGACGUCGUAUGUCGAGUCGGAUAGCAGCAGGGCUACGUCUCCCCUGCUGCUCCCAACCGACCCGCCAAGCUUGUCCACCCAGACUCCGAAUCCCCUCGGCAUCGUCAAGCCGAAGUCAAGUCGUGGCUCACUCAUGGACCGCUCACGCAACACGGUAACAGGACAAUCCAAGGGCCUCAAAAUACUGGGGCUCGGAUCCGCGACCAUGAGCACUUCACCGCAGCCCAGUAAACAAUCCUUUGAGGAGAAGGAGUUCCCCUUCCCCUCCUUGGAAACGAUGAAAGAAGAGGCCCCGAGGGACAACGUGCCACAACGGGGUCACAAGAUUUCGGAUGCCGAGUCCUACACUGAAUCGGACCCAGCAAAGGAUAAUGACGAGGAUGGCAACACGCACCCGGGGCUGCGAGCUUUCAGACAAGCCCGGCGAGAUCUGCAGAAGCGGAAGGAGCUGGAAACGCUCGCCCGGCACCAAGCUUCGCAAACGUCGCAGUCCCCGGAUGAGGCACCGGAGCAGCGGAAUGGUAUGCACUCAGCAGCAGCCAGGGUUCCGCGACAGCGAACGCCAAGCAGGGAGAGAAGGCCGCCUCCUGUUACCUACAAACAACGUGCCCCCAGCGACGAUCAAAGCUACAGCUCACCAGGAGCAAUGAGACCGUCGGGCGAGCGCUCGAGGAGUGGUUCAGAAACCAGCGGCGGUCGUUCCAACAGCCGGCCUCCUCGCUUGAGGACCAAUACCAACAAUGGGCCGCAUGACCAGCUUGGAGCUCCCAAUCCCGGGCGACCGAUGAUGCGCUCUCCCGGCUUACCCGGGACGGACAUCAAGAAUUCCCCCGUAAUGCCACCGUAUCCGUAUCCCAGCCGCGGCGCGCCUUCGCCUUCACAGUCACCGCAUCCCGACCGGUCAAGGUCGGCCGCCAACCUCGCUUUGCACACCGGGCGGCCAGGUUUAGAUCCCCAUUCGGGUCAGCCCUCCCCUAUCUCACCCAUGGGCCUGCCCUCGCCAUCCCCGUACACGAUGGGGCUCCCCGCGUCUCCCAUCGGUACUCCCACUUCGUUUGGACCACGCCCACGGCUCCCGUCGGCUUCGCAAUCACCGGCCUUGGGUCCUGUGAACGGCGCCAUGCCCCACCAAAUGAGGCGACCCGUCGACAAACGGGAGAUCUCGGAGCCGACGUUCGUCAUGUCAACAAGCCGGGUUCCCACAACGACUCUGCCACAUCAUCCUCCGCAACACCCAGCGCACUCGCAAUACCCGCCACCCCCGAGCCAACCUCCUCCCAUGGUCCCGGGUAGAGGUCCAAGGUCUCGGUCGAACAGUCGUGCAGCCGGCCCUGCGCCACCACUGCCGCCCAUCAACCCUCGUCGCAGACGUGAAGAUUCUCGUCCACGAGCCCCUCACGAAGACAACGAGACCGCCGCGCCUCGCCUACCGCAUGCAGAUAACGGCACAUCAUGGAUCGACAUCGGAGCAGGCAGCGAGGAUGAAGGUGGUGAUAAGUCAGACCAACGGCGGCGACUACGGAAACCGCACCCGGAUAUGCAGGCGGCCCCUAGCUCCAGGCCUUUCCCGGGCCGAUCGAGAGAAAGCAGCCCGCCGCUGAUGGCCAAUGGGCCUGCGGCGAGCCGAUCCGCGGCGAACCACGGCAAUGGCAAUGGGAUGGGCGUCCCCGGCGGGAUGAUCUAAAGGCGUCCAGACAAUCUUAUCAUCGCCGAAUGUUUCCUUGGUAUACUUCUUGGCCAUUUCCAUUUUUCCUCACUUUCCUUUUGUUUCUUCCUCGGGUUUCACUUGGUCGGGCUGAAAGGAUGGCCGGCGCAGCGCGGAGGACAGGCGCGGUUCAUCGAUACCAUAUGAGGCUUAUGAAAUUGAGAUACCUCUUUGCAAACUAGACUCCUCGGCGCGGAUUGGGAGUUUUCUGCUGUCCUUCCUUAUUUCUUCGUUUCUAUCUGUACCACUUCUUUCUU